CAACUAUGAAGUGUGAACCAGUUGUUGAAUGUGUCGUAUCAAUUGCAAUUGCGUGAAGACAGAACGAAUUUUCAUAUACAAUGAGUUUUCUAUAGAAAACAAAAGCCAAGAGAUAAAAAACAGCAAAAUAACUAUAAAAUAUUUAACAAUUUUCAUAAUUUCAAAGGAAUUUUGUGAAAAUAACGUGAUACGGAAUAGAUAAAAAAGGUUGAAUUUCCAAAGGAAUGUAAACGUGUACGUGUGUAUGUGUGUGCCUAUUCUUCACGUGUAUGUAAUAAUAAUACAGUGUGAACGAGAACAAGCCAUCAAUCGGUUAUUGUGUUGUGUGUUGUUACGAACAAGUGCGAAGCAUAACAAGUGAAUAUAAAUAAUAAUAACAAAAAACUCAGCGUUGCCACAUUCAACGAUUUUGUGACCCAACCAGAAGAGAGAGCGUGAGCAUUUGACAAAAGGGAAAAAAUACCCAAACAAAAUUCAACAGAACAAAACCGAGCCGAAUCGAACAAAAGUGUGCAACAGUUUGUUUACGGAAACGACAGACAUUUUAAAUGAGAAAUACAAUGCUAUUGAAGUUUACAAAAACCAGUAGUGGUACUGGAGCUGGUUCCAGUUCAUCCACCACAACAUCAGGAGGCAUGGCAGGAACGUAUAUUGUGAGAGCACCAGGUAUGCGUACCGCAAUGUCCACCAUGUCAACAAUGAACCCGCGUAUCCAUCGUAAAGGUUUUCGGACGCCCUCCAAAAGGCAUCCGGGCAAGGCAUUUCCUGGUAAAUUGCACUCAAUGUCCAGGAUUGGUCCCGGCAAACUAGUCCCCGGCAAGCGAUUUCCCCCGCGACCACAUCCGCCACCCUGUGAUAAUUCCAAUGAUAGUGGUUUCGGGUUCGAUCAACAUGUUGAAAUACAACAGCAGCAGUUGCAUCAACACCAACAUCAGCAGCAGCAACAACAAAUGCAAACAAGUAGCCCUAAUUCAAGUACAAAUUUAAGCAGUAAUUUAAGUACCUCUCCCAGCAGCAACAGUCUCCACAUACAACAACAACAUCAACAUCAUCAUCAUUCUCAUCACCAGCAGCAGCAGCAGCAACAACAACACCAACAAAAUGUCACAACAAAUCUCAACAGUAAUACAUCAGCGUCGUCGUCAUCAUCAUCCUCGUCGUCCUCCUCCUCCUCUUCGUCGUCAUCUGUGGCGAAUUCUUCGCCCGGAAAUUUGCAGCAUUCACCGCAAACACAACAGCAUCAACAUCAAUUGAUUCGCGCCAUACCUGCCUCAAGAUCAAAAAGGCCAGCCAAGCGAUUACCCUUUCUCAGUGAUGAUAAUACCGAUUCGGAAGAUGAAGAUUUCUGUACCGAUGACUCUGAUGAUGAGUACAGCAGUGGUGGCCAUGGUAAAGCGAGGCGUGGUAAACCCAGACGUAUCCUAUCCAUGCAACCGCACAAGGGAAAACCAUCACAGCAAAAUUCCGCAUUAUCCUCGUCGUCGUCAUCAUCGUCGCCACCCUCCAAGGGUUCAUAUCAUCACUAUCACAAUAACAGUUCGCAUCAAUAUAAUCAAUAUCAUCAUGGCAUGCAUGGCAUUAAACGCAAGAAAAUUGAGACAAUCGCGCCGGUGGAUUUGGAUAAUGACGAUGCUUGCAGUGAGGAUGCUUUCAUAAGGAAAAUUGCCAGUGCCAAUGGUAAUGCAAGUGCCGGCAGCGAUCAAGGACAGCCGACAAUAACCACCACGAGCAAUGUAAGCCACAUUGUUGUGCAGAAAGUCCAAAGGGCCAAUCAUGUUGCAGCACCCUCAAAAUUUAUUGCCAACGGUUCACGGGGUCUAACCCGGGUCGCCCAUAAACGUCAACCUGCCACACCACCCAACAGCGUUGCCACCUCAUCGGAUGGUCGUGUACAGCUGGAAAUUGUUUCCCAACCCGAGCAGCAGCACAGGGCCAGAUAUCAAACCGAAGGCAGUCGCGGUGCCGUCAAGGAUCGCAGCGGCAACGGAUUCCCCAUUGUUCGUUUGGGCGGCUAUAGCAAGCCGACAACACUGCAAGUAUUCAUUGGUACCGAUAUCGGACGUGUUGCACCGCACAUGUUCUAUCAGGCCUGCAAGGUGGCUGGCAAAAAUUCAACACAGUGCAAUGAGAAGAAGGUCGACGGGACCGUAGUCAUAGAAAUAGAAUUCAAGCCAGAGCAAGAUAUGACCAUUACCUGUGAUUGUGUUGGUAUACUAAAGGAACGCAAUGUCGAUGUUGAACAUCGUUUUCCCGAACAUCUUGCCCAAAAGAAUAAAAAGAAAUCAACCCGCUGCCGCAUGGUAUUUCGUACCCAGUUAACCCAUGACGAUGGUACCGUCGAAACACUACAAGUCUGUUCGAACCCCAUUAUAUGCACCCAACCACCAGGUGUCCCGGAGAUCUGUAAAAAAUCUCUCAACUCUUGCCCCGUCGAUGGUGGUCUCGAAUUAUUUAUAAUUGGUAAAAAUUUCCUCAAGGAUACACAUGUAAUAUUUCAAGAGACUUAUGAAACAAAUAUGCCCACCAAAGAUGAGUCAGGCUCAACGGAUUUAAGUGCAAUGCAUCAUCAGCCAUUGAUUGGUGCACUGUGGGAACAGACUGUUAUACCCGAUAAGGAAUAUCUGCAACAGACCCAUUUAAUCUGUACCGUGCCACCGUAUAUACAUCAGAAUAUCAUGAAACCCGUUACCGUACAGGUGGCGAUAAUAUCGAGUGGUAAAAAAAGUGAAUCACAUACAUUUGUCUAUACGCCAAAGGGCACCUAUACGCCCCUGGCAGCGGCCACAACACUAAGUACAACGGCCACACCACAGGCAUUACUAAAUGCAAAUGGAACACACAACAACGUCGUUGGCAAUGCCGUCGUCAAUGGUGGCGCCAAUGGUACCUCCAACGGAGCAGCUGGUGGAGUCAACAAUAGUAACAAUAGCAACACUAGCUUAUCAUCGGCACAAGAUGCCACCUCGUUUAUGGAUACCACGCCAGCGGCAGCGGCUUUGACUGCCGCAGCAGUUGCAGCCUCAGUAACUGUUGCCGCCACCAACAGCCUGUGGCCAGCAGCGGCGGAGACAAAACAUGAAAUCGAUGCUGAUAUGAUGCCACCACCCAUUACCACCCAAAUGCCCAUGGUGGUGCGUCGACCAUCGUUGAACAACGCCCAGCCCAUGAUCACCGAUCAGCAGUUGGUCCAUCUGAAUGCUGUGGCAGCUGCCGAAGCUUUGAAGACCGAAUUGUUGGAUGAAUCUUCACAGAAUUCCAUUGCCGAGGCCAUAAGUUCACCAGAGACAGUGGUGGCAUGUGCUGCCGCCGCUGCCCAGGCAGUGGUGGCUGCCACCACAGGGGCGGCAAGUGUUGUGGGUGAUGGCAGUGCCGGUCCUCAAAGUCCAACCGCCCUACAAUUCCGUAAUCGUUAUGGCCGUAAAGCCAGCAUGGAUGCCAUGAUGUUUGAUAACAGCAGUAUGACUGGUUUCCCGGUGGCACCUGCCCCCUCUACCACCACACCCAUGGAAGUGGCUGCAGUGGCGGCGGCCGUUGAAAUGGCUGUUAAAAAUGAAAUCGCCAAAGCAGUUUCCGUGGCCAAGGUGGAUAAAUUCAUAACCGAUUUGGCGAAGUCAGCCAAUGUCAGUGAUGCCACGGAGACCGUGAGUGGUCCCUCCAUUUUUGGUGUACCCAAUACCAGUGCAAUUGAUAAUGCCUUCACCGAUAUUCUGCAACAGGCUGCAGUAACAUCUACCCAACUGGAAAGAAGUCUGUCCACCUCAUCGAAUGCCUCAUCAUCCACAUCCGGCUCACCAAUGCCGGGUAGCUCCCCGGCCAACUCACUGACCGGUCACAGUUCACCCCUGACUCAAGACAUAAUUUUAAAUUCCGAACCUGCAGUGGCCCUAUCCGCCGCCCUACCCCUGCCCCAGCUAAUGGCAGCCAACGCCGGGUCAACAGCGAAUGCCGGUGUUCCCGGUGUAGGGCAGGAUGUGACAAAUGUUAGUGUUGCAGCUACCGGCCUACCCACAGACAUGAUUAUGAAUCCCUCAGUUUCCCCCUCAACCAUUCUAUGCUCGGACAAUGGUGCUGCCACGGCAGUGGUGCCCAACAUCAUGGCUCCGCAUCAGGUGACCAUGGCCAAUUCCAUACUCAAUGACAUUGCAAUGCAGGGCCAGCCGACACAGCAAGAUGCUGCCGUAGCCGCCUUGGCACUCAGUAACAUUAUGAUGACACCGCCCAGUGACAGUGGCAAUGUUUCGGUGUCACCAACUCCAUCGUCAUUGCAGCCGGAAGUGACAUCGGCCACAUCGACCGCCGUUAGUAAUAUGAUUAUAAAGGCGGCGGCAGAUUUUAUUUCCAAUCAAGAACAACAAAAACAUCAACAGCAGCAGCAACAACAACAACAGCAGCAGCACCAACAUCAACAUCAAUCACAACAACAUCAGUUACAGCAGCAUCAGCAUCAUCAGCAUCAUCGCCGCUCCACCGUUCAGCAUUCAUCGCAGCCAACAUCGGCUCAGCUCCUGAGUAGCCAGAGUGUAACAUCGGAUCCAAUGAAUCCCCUGAACCUGCUGCUGAAUCAUGGAGAUGUGGGUGGUGCCGCAACGAAUACAACACAGGCCAGUGUCGUCAAUGCCACUAACACCGUGGUCGACACCGUACCCUCACAAUACCCAUUGACCAUUGCCACCCCACCUCAAGAAUCUCUGAUUGUUGCUUUGGCUACCGAGAAUGCUAUGCAAAAAUCUGUAACUGCGGCAGCUGUUACCACAAAUGGUGCAGUGGUUACCCAAGAGACAGCCGCCCCGACGGUUACACAAAAUCUACACCCAGCCACAGCAGCUGCUGUGGGGGCAGUGGCAGCUGUGGCGGCUGCUGCUGCCGCCACUGUGGCACCGCUGGCGCCCAUACCACAAGAAUUGACCGCUAUGUCUGAUCAAGAUUUACUCAGCUACAUAAAUCCCAGUACAUUCGAUCAAGUUUAAUAAUCUAAGUCCCAGAUAUUCAAAAAGAACUGAGUACCAUACCAUCAUAUACAUACAUAUAUAUUAUUCUUAAAACAAAA